AGCUACUGCUGAAGAAGAAGUUGAUGAUCUUACAGGACCUUCUAGCCAUGUUGCUGCAGACAGCAGAGAAAUCUUGGAAGGGUCAGAUAAAUGAAGACAAACUCAAGAGUAGAGUGAGUGUGUUGGAGUAUCAGCUGCAAACUUCUACCCAGACUUUCUCAAAACGAGGUUUGAAGAAAAUUCUGCUGGAGAUGGAGGCCCAGAAGCAGAACUAUGAGCAAAAAGUAAAAGACUCUCUUCAGAAAUUACUUGAGGAGAAACUGCAAGCAGAAAGACAACUCCAAAAUGCCCAGAGAGCAUUAGCUGUUGCAGAGGAAGACUGCAGCCUCUGGAAAGAACACUACAACACAAUAAAAAAUGAUUGGAGCCAACUAGCUGACAAGCACGUUGAACUAGAAAACAAGCUUCAUGUCUUGGAGAACAACCUGCAGUGGUCAGACGCUCAAAACGCUCAGCUGCACCAAGCCCUGCAGAACUUGGAGAGCGAACGUGUCGCUCUCAGCUCUGAGAUUGAUGCCUUACAAGAAGACAGCAGGCUCACAGCGGAGCAUGUUAGUGCAAUGGAAGGCAGGUUGAAAAUUGAAGAAAGACAGAAGCUAGCAUUGGAGGAAACAAUUAAACAUUUGCACAACCAGGAUAUAUCCAUAAACAGUCGAGUCCUCAGCCCUGCCAGAGAUGAACAGUGUGACUUGUCAAAGGACCACAAGAGGGCGAAAGAGAACCCUCUGCAAGACCAGCUGCAGAAGAGAACAUCCCAGUUUACAACUAAGGAAGAAGAGUGCAGAGAUCUUCAUUGUGAACUGGAAGUCCUGAGUCAUGAGUAUCGCGGCUGCCUGAUGAAGUUACAGCAGUGCCGAGAUGAGCUCAGUCGCUUUCAGAGGAAACGGGCACAAAGACAACAUGAUCACUGGAUCCCCCUCCUAAUGGUGGUGAUGGCAACAGCUAUGGCAGCUUAUUUAGCCAAUUUUAUACCCUGAGUAGG